AAUAAAAUGACGUCAAUGCUGGUGAAGGGUAGGAUUGAGGGCCCAUUCACCAAUCCAAAGGCAGUUCUUAAUCCGGGCACUCCCAGCAGAUGGGCCAAUCCGGGCAAAGCGCGGGGAUUUUUGAAUGUCCUUGUGUCCAAUAGUUGUUAUUCUGGGGCUAUAAAUGAAGGUGGCUGCUCAGUGUCUUUCACACCCGUCAGUAAAGACGAUUGCCGUGCUGUAAGGAUGGCCCGCACCAAGCAGACCGCUCGCAAGUCCACCGGCGGCAAGGCGCCGCGCAAGCAGCUGGCCACCAAGGCGGCCCGCAAGAGCGCGCCGGCCACGGGCGGCGUGAAGAAGCCCCACCGCUACCGGCCGGGCACCGUGGCGCUGCGCGAGAUCCGCCGCUACCAGAAGUCCACGGAGCUGCUGAUCCGCAAGCUGCCGUUCCAGCGGCUGGUGCGCGAAAUCGCGCAGGACUUUAAGACCGACCUGCGCUUCCAGAGCUCGGCCGUGAUGGCGCUGCAGGAGGCGUGCGAGGCCUACCUGGUGGGGCUGUUCGAGGACACCAACCUGUGCGCCAUCCACGCCAAGCGCGUCACCAUCAUGCCCAAGGACAUCCAGCUGGCGCGCCGCAUCCGCGGUGAGAGGGCGUAAAUUGAACCUAGUGAGUGCCAGCUUGAAACCCAAAGGCUCUUUUCAGAGCCACCCAAUUAUUUCAACAAAAGCAGCUGUGAUUUCUUUGGUUAAGUGUCCCCGUUUGUAAUCUGUCCUGUUGUAUGCUUCGGUAGCAUGAGCCAUGGAAUGGGAUGCUAUGUUGCUUGCUUAUAUUUCAUGUGCCCGCUUGCAAUCAUAUUCCUUACAUUGGUUUUGGCGAAGUUGAGGUUUCAGUACUCCAAAGACAUUGAUAAACUUGGC